CAGCACACGGAGGAAUUUUUCAUCAAGCCCGAGUCCCGUGUCGCCCAGCUGGACACGUCUCAGUGGCCCUUGCUGCUGAAGAACUUCGACAAGUUAAAUGUGAUGACAGCACACUACACACCUCUUUCUUCUGGUGCUAAUCCCCUGAAGAGAGAGAUUUCCGACUAUGUUCGGUCUGGCUUUAUUAACCUCGACAAACCUUCCAAUCCAUCUUCCCACGAGGUGGUUGCAUGGAUCCGACGCAUCCUUCGAGUAGAGAAGACUGGACACAGUGGCACUCUGGAUCCUAAGGUGACUGGGUGCCUCAUUGUGUGCAUUGAGAGGGCAACACGACUGGUCAAAUCUCAGCAGAGCGCAGGCAAAGAGUAUGUGGGAAUUGUUCGGCUGCACAAUGCAAUUGAAAGUGAGGCUCAGCUUGCCAGGGCAAUAGAAACUCUGACAGGCGCGCUGUUUCAGCGACCACCCCUCAUUGCUGCGGUCAAACGACAACUAAGAGUCAGAACCAUCUAUGAGAGCAAGUUGGUGGAGUAUGAUCCUGAGAGAAGAUUAGGUAUCUUCUGGGUGAGCUGUGAAGCAGGCACAUAUAUCCGAACACUCUGUGUUCACCUUGGUUUGCUGCUUGGUGUGGGGGGCCAGAUGCAAGAGCUUCGCAGAGUGCGCUCAGGCAUCCUGGGAGAGAAGGACAACAUGGUGACUAUGCACGAUGUACUGGAUGCACAGUGGCAGUACGACAACAACAAGGAUGACAGCUACCUGCGAAGAGUUAUCCUGCCGUUGGAGAAACUGCUGACUUCACACAAGCGACUAGUCAUGAAAGACAGUGCGGUUAAUGCGAUUUGCUAUGGAGCCAAGAUCAUGCUGCCUGGUGUCCUGAGGUACGAAGAUGGUAUUGAGCUUAAUCAGGAGAUUGUUGUCAUCACCACAAAAGGAGAAGCUAUCUGCCUAGCCAUUGCGUUGAUGACCACAGCCGUCAUUUCUACUUGUGACCAUGGCAUUGUGGCAAAGAUCAAGAGAGUGAUCAUGGAGAGAGACACAUAUCCCCGCAAAUGGGGUCUCGGUCCCAAGGCCAGUCAAAAGAAGAUGAUGAUCCAGAAGGGUCUGCUGGACAAGCAUGGAAAGCCCAAUGAGAGCACACCAGAUUCCUGGAAGAAGGAGUAUGUGGAUUAUAGGGAUGCUUCCAAGAAAGAGGCAGCUGCCAUUCCCCGAGCUGUUUCAGAGCUGGAGAGGGCUCCAAAAAGGAAGCGAGAGUCAGAGAGUGAAAGUGAGGAGGCUGUGACCCCACCAUCCCCUGCCACUCCGCCACCAGAGGAGCUGAGCAAAAAGGAAAAGAAAAAGAAGAAGAAAGAGAAGAAAGCCAAAGAGGCAGCUGAGAGUGGGGAGGAGCAAAUAGAAGUGACCAGUGAGAUCAGCACCAAGAAGAAGAAGAAGAAGAAACAAAAGGAGGUAGAAGAGAGCUCAGAAUAA